AGUCACACACUCCUCGCACUCGCACUCAACACUUAUCAACUCUUGGAUGCUGACUUGCAGAUUUUUUUUCAAUCUGUUACAAAUCUUUCUAACAUCUGCCAAAGAUUUUAGAUUCGUUACAAUAUGCAGUCCACUUCUAUCAUCUGUUGUUCUUCAAAUUCAUUCUCUCGCUCAUUAGAUUCAUUCAGUGCUCACCAAUUAACCUUUACUCCAAGAAAAAAGAUUAAUUCAAGCCCUAAAUUUCCAUCUUGCAGCCAACUACCAUCGGUUUCCUUGCACAUACGCCCACUGUCCGACUUCGUUUGCCGUUCUACUGAUGCUCUUGAGCUAGUCCAGACUAGUUCAUCUGCUUCAGACUUUGUUGAAACUGGUUAUAUCUUCGGCGUUCAUGGUUUCCAAGGAGAGGUUCGGGUUAAAGCGAACACAGAUUUUCCGGAGCUGCGGUUCUCCGAGCCAGGAACUAGAUGGUUGAAGCAGCAAGUAUCAGGAAGUGAGACUAUUCAAGAAAUUGAACUGGUGGAUGGCCGAGGUCACCCUGGACAAAGUUGGCUUGUAAAAUUUAAUAACAUCAAUUCGGCGGAAGAGGCACGAAAACUAGUUGGGUCAACUAUAUUGGUGAGAGAUGAUGAGAGACCUGCUCUAGAAGAAGGAGAGUUCUACACUCAUGACCUUGUUGGCAUGAGAGUCAUUCUUAAGGAAUCAGGGGAACCAGUUGGAACCGUUGUUAAUAUUUUCAACAGUGGAGCAAGCGAUCUUUUGCAUGUCAAGCUCAGUUCAUCCAGAAAGAGUCCAGGACAGGCAGAAAAAACUGGGGAAGGUGAUUCUGGCCCAUUAGUUUGGGUUCCAUUUGUUGAAGCAAUUGUUCCAACUGUCGAUCUGGAAAAAAGAGAAAUGUUGAUUACACCCCCGAAGGGGCUCCUGGAGUUAAAUGUUCGCUCUGAUAUAAGAAGCAAGAAAGAAAGGCGCGAGCUGGAAUGGAAAGAAAGAAAAAAAUUCCAAAGACGCUUGAUAGCAGCCAAAAAGAAGCUAUGUGAAAUGGAACAGCAACAUGUGUUUCAUGGUUUUAGAUACGGAGAAAAAGACCAAAGGAGCUUACUUGCAAAUGAAAUUGUAACUGUAAAUUCAAAAUUGCUACAACAGGCUCUGCAAAAUAUUGGAAUCCCGUCUACAAGGCUGGAUUUACACCAAAUUUUGAGUGCGGUUCCAAGAUCAAACAGAAUGAAGGUACCUGAUAAUCCUAGUUCAAGUGGUAGGGCAGUGCUGCAUGAUCCAUAUUGCACACUUCAAAGAGCAGGAUGUGAAAUGAAUUCUAAUGGAAAAGUUGCAAUAGUUUUGAUAUUGGAGGAAAUUGAGGGGAUUGAAAGGACUUCUGAUACCAAUCUUGUUGAUUUUGAGGGAAAUGAAAGUGUGCAUUUGCUUUCAAAUGCAUUGCUAGAUGGUCACUCAAGAUUUCUUAAGAUCAAAGACCGCUCAACUGUGCCUCUGCUAUUAGUGGGUUCUACUGGUUCAAUCAGUUAUUGGCAAGAGCUUUUCUCAGACCAUGACUACUUUGCAUUUGACCCUCAGAAGGUCUGGUUUUUGGAAGAAGAAAAGCUUCCUCUUGUUAGUAGCUCAGUUGCAGAAGAUGGCAAGCAUAAGAUCCUGAUGAAGUCACCAUGGGAGUUCCUCCAGAGACCAAUUGGAUCGGGAGGCGUGAUCAGCCUGCUUUCGUCCCAGGACUCAUUACUAGACGAACUUGGCGAACUGGGCGUUGAGUACAUCCAAGUCCGCAAGAUCAGUGAAGAACACGAGAGUGACCACGCCCUCGUUGGUCUUGUCGAUUCGUGCAAGGCAAAUGUAGGACUGCGCGCCUUCAAAGACGUGACAUCUGAAGAGAAUAUAGAUGUGAUAUUGUCCAUGAGUUUCUUGAGGAAGUUGGUGAAACAGGUAAACAAAUUGCAGUUUGAAGGUGUUGAGAGCUGCAAUUCAUACGUCGAGAAGGUUGAGAAAGAUUUCGUCGAUGUUAAACCAACGGCUCCCAACUCUUAUGAGUUUCGUUCUUCAAUAUAUUACUGCUUGGAUGAUGCUCCUCCAAACAAGAUAUGUGUUUUAAUGGAUGGAUAAAGCGCAUGCAAAUUUCGUGUAAUACCAUUUUAAACUUCAAUAGAAAACAUAUUCCUUUUUAAUUA